AAUCGUAGCUACGUAAAUCUGUGUGGUAUUUUGGCGGAAGUUCAGAGACGUCAGCAUGGAGAAGAGGAAAGCCGAGAGAGAGGCAAUGCUUUCAGAGAGAUGAGGCAUCUAGGAUGGCGGACGAAUCGCUCACGUUGUAUUUAAAGCUUUUCGCCGCUGGAUUUUAUGGAAUUAGCUCCUUUCUCAUCGUUGUCAUCAACAAAAGUGUCCUGACACAUUACGGAUUUCCUUCUUCAAUAUGCGUUGGGAUAGGUCAGAUGCUGGCCACAGUGGUCGUAUUACGGGUGGGAAAGGUCCUACGGGUGAUCACCUUCCCCGAUUUCGAUCGAAGUAUACCUCGGAAGACAUUUCCUCUACCUCUUCUUUAUGUGGGGAAUCAAAUAACUGGACUCUUUGGAACAAAAAGGCUGAAUCUGCCCAUGUUUACAGUCCUGAGGAGGUUUUCCAUUCUCUUCACAAUGCUCGCCGAGGGCUUUCUUCUGAAGAAGAAAUUUUCUCGAUCUGUUCAGCUCACAGUAUUUACUAUGAUUCUGGGGGCUUUUGUAGCUGCAAGCGCUGACCUGUCAUUUGACUUGGAAGGAUAUGUGUUCAUUCUGAUGAAUGAUGUCUUGACAGCAGUCAAUGGAGCGUUUGUAAAACAGAAGCUUGACUCAAAGGAGCUGGGAAAGUAUGGCCUGCUGUACUACAAUGCUUUAUUUAUGAUCCUGCCAACCCUUCUUCUGGCUCAUGUCACUGGAGAUAUUGACAAGGCUUUGGACUUCACGGAAUGGUCAGAUGCCCUAUUUGUCGGUCAGUUUGUUAUGUCUUGUAUCAUGGGGUUCGUCCUAAUGUAUUCCACAGUACUGUGUACACAAUACAACUCUGCACUAACAACAACCAUCGUUGGUUGUGUAAAGAACAUAUUAGUGACCUACAUCGGAAUGGUGUUUGGCGGGGACUACAUUUUCUCAUGGACCAACUUCAUUGGUCUGAACAUAAGCAUUGCAGGCAGCCUGAUUUACUCAUACAUGACUUUUACUGAAGAACAUAGCAGCAAGCCGAGUGAAAGUGCUGGAAAGCUGGACGCAAAGGGGAAGACAGCUGUGUGAUAUACACUGGAGGACUUCUUUACUAUGGCACAGUGUAUGCAUGUCUCCUCCUCUUCUCCUAUUUCCCCUCUUUCGGGUGUGUGUGUGCGCGCUAUCGGCAUUGCUGAGUAACAUGCCCAUUGCUGUCAGCAUGGAUCACGGCAAUUCAAAGAAAUGACACCCAUCUGCUAAUACUGCCAGAUACUCUGGAAGACAUGAACUGUCUCCACAAACAGAUUCAUUUGGUCACUGUUGUUGGGCCACUGUUCUUGCUGUCUGUUAAAAACAACACAGGAGAAUGGUUUUUAGACAUGUGUUUUUCUUUGUCCUCUCAGGCUUUUAUUCUGUUUUUUUUUAUUGUUACAUGAGAUUAAUAUUUUAAAUAGGUUUUAUUAUUUUCUGUUUGUUUGAACCUGUCAUUGCUAUUUAAAAGGGAGACACUGUGCUGUGUCCUGUUGGGAUUGUCAUGUUUGCGGUAACCAGUCACCAAAGGGCUUGAAUUCUUUCUCUGUGACGUCUAUAUGGAAAAACCCUUCAAGUCCUGAUCAGCUGGAAUUUGAGUUCGUCACAUCUGUCUGUCUGUGCAAAUACGUGAACAAGAAUGUUCUUGAUAAUCUGUUCUGAGAUUAGCUGUUCAAGAAGUUGAACGUUUGUUCAGAACUCCUCAAAAUAUCAUCUUCGGUUUUAGGACAAAUACAUCAUGACAUUUUGAUGGGAGCUGUACCCUGAUUCUUUUUUUGUGCUUAUUUUUAAAAAUGUAUAUAUAUGGAGAAGUAACGUGCAGUUGGCCUAUGUUUUAUUUUAUUUUAUUUUAUUUUAUUGGUAUUCUUGAGUGUUCUGUUUUAUUUUGGUACAACAUGGUCUGUUAAUUGCACUUUUACAGUUUACAGAAUCUUAGGUGAGUGUUUUUGUAGUUGUGUGACGUUGGAAAGGGUAAAUAAAUGUAUAUUUAGACUUGCCUUAACCUGUAGCAACACUUGGGAGGCGUUGAAAGGGUACUUUGUCUCAACCAUGAUGUGACCAUAUUUAUACAGUACUUAUGGAAUGUAAUCAAUGCAUUUGACUCCUAAUCCAAGACUCCAUCCCAAACUCCUAAAUCCAGUUAGCAAUUGUCAUAAACUGGCUACAACUUUUUGGAAUUGGAUGAGGCCUACCAGUGUUAGUUUUCAUACAUUUGUAGUCUUUCAAUGUAUUCAGUAUGUCUGAUUUUAAGUGAUGUUAAGGCUGGGCACAUGGUACAGAAUUUGUUCAGAUUACUUGAACUUCAUGUCAUGUUUGUAAUGAUGUGCUGAAUCUGCACAGUCUGUUGAAAAUAGUGCCCUGAAGAGAGGCCUGCUUUUAACAGUUGACCAGAUUUUGUAUGUGGAACAAAAACCUGGCCUUGGUUUAUUCCUUUUUUUUUUUUUCUUUUUUUUUUUUACAAAGAUCUUUCUUUUUGUAUAGAGAUCUUUUUAUAUUGUGCGUUGAAUGGAGUGCACUGUUCCGUUUAUCCCUACGUGAUGACAUGUCGAUCUGACUGUAUGCACAGACUCAGUAGAACUUUAUUAUAAUGGAACAUGUGUACAGUACUGAAGUAAAAUACCUCAGUAACACGA